GUCGGAAGAGAAACCAGUGGAUCUUGUGUCUGGCUGACAUGGACAGGUUUCCCUGGUUUUUAGUACCGCUGUGGAGAUUAUUCUGGGAUGGCAGCUGACUCUGGGACAACAGCCCCCAGGGAGCCAAGAGGACCACCAGGUCUAAAUACACACCAGGGAACUGGAGAGGUCGUGACCCCGGUGUGUUCAGGGACCAGUUGGUGCGUGGGUCUCCAGGGAACACAGGGUGAGAGGUCAUGUGACCCCAACACUUGCUGGAAAUACCUGCGGACUUCUACUAUGACAUUAGGCUCGGAGAUGAUGGAGGAUCUUGUCAUCGACGUGGUGGGCGAAGGCGUGCGGGAUAACGCGGACGAGCCGCCGGAGCGCACCGGGGAGCGGGACUCCUGCAGCCCGGCGCAGGCGUGCCAUCCUCCCGCCAAAGCGUCGGUGAAGCCGCCUUACUCCUACAUCGCGCUCAUCACCAUGGCCAUCUUGCAGAGUCCCAAGAAGCGUCUGACCCUCAGCGAGAUCUGCGACUUCAUCAGCCGGAGGUUCGCGUAUUACCGGGAGAAGUUCCCGGCCUGGCAGAACUCCAUCCGGCACAACUUGUCCCUGAACGACUGCUUCAUCAAGAUGCCCCGGGAGCCCGGGAACCCCGGGAAGGGCAACUACUGGACCCUGGACCCCAACUCCUCGGACAUGUUCGAGAACGGCAGCUUCCUGAGGAGGAGGAAGCGCUUCAAGCGCCAGAAUUUCCGCUAUGACGCCUUCAAAGAGCGCAGCGCCGUUGCGCACGGACAUUACGCGCUGGGCGCCCCGGCCCUCCAGCUGCCCACCCUGGAUAUUUACCCUUACAUGCACCACCACCACCAUCACCACCAUCACGCCGCCUCCAUCCCACCUGUGCGCAGCAUCCUCCCCGCGCUCUCCAGCUUCUUCUCCCGCAGCGCCAAGGCCUUCCUGCAGGCGCAGCCCGCCAUCGAAGCCUUCUCGGCGGCCCACUGCGCCGCCUACUCGGCGCCUCUGACUCCCGCUGCCCCGUACGCGUCACCGGCGCUUUACCGCCCCGCCGUGCCCCCGCCUCACCUGCAUCUCACCUUGCAGCAGCAGGAGCAGCAGAAGGUGCGCGCGCAGCGGCGCGGAACACCUGAGCUGGCGGCUAAACACCUGAGCCAUGAGUAAAAAGUGGUGGGGUGCAGGACUUGAAAUUUCUCAGGUAACAAAGACAAUAAAUGGUUUUUUUUUAAUAACUUUAACAAAAAAAUGUUAUUAAUUGAAAUAAAUGUGUAAGGUGCACA